CUAUGAAACGCAUGACCGUAUAGGCGACCCCACGGCCCCGUUGGACCCCCCAGAGCGCUCCGUUCCCAGAUCUAUCCACCUUUGGACCCGUUGUCGUUUGCGGGGUCUGUUUCUACGUUUCCCUUAGGGCGUCGUCGAGCUUAAAGGGCUAUACGCAUGAGAAAUAUGCGGAUUCAACCCGUUUUCGUCCUCGUGGAGCCUACGCCUCAGCAGUGAAGUAGCGGAACACAAAUCUCCUCUUCAGACGACGGUCUUAAAUCAUGGCGGCCUCCUUCCUCCUGCUCCUGACCUCUGUUGGCCUUUUCCUUUCAGCUCAAGCUCAAGCUCAGGACUGCUCCAGACCUGUGGGAGGAGCCAACAUGGAUCUGAAGGGGGACGACAUACUUUUACAAACUUUCCCCGAGGGGAUAAAAGUUACGUUUGCUUGUGAUGUUGGCUACGAGUCUGUUGGAGGAUCUGCAUCCAUCACCUGUACUGCUGGAGCCUGGAGCCCUUUGAGGAUGACAUGUGAAAGGAAGUCCUGUGGCGCUAUUGGAGACGUGCCAAAUGGACAAGUGGAUUAUUCUGAGGGGAUUCAGUUUGGAGACAAACUGGAAGUCACCUGCAACCCUGGGUGAGUCUUUCGGGGGCCAGCGAUUUUCAGUGGGGGGCGAACGCACUAACCACUCCGCCAACGCCACAGUCACCCCCGCCGUGCGGGCCGGAUGAGAAUGUCUGGCGGGCCGGAUGUGGCCCGCGGGCCACCAGUUGAUGGUCACUGAUCUAUAGCAUACAGAAUAAAUUGGAAUAUAAUAGACCAACUUACUACUUAACAAAUAUAAACAUAGGAUGAUUAGAUGUUGAG